AUGCCGUGUUUAAUGUCUACUUGUCCAAAGCUCGUUGUAUCUAUGGGUGGGGUUCAGGUCCCUUGUUUGGUGGACACUGGCUCCAUGGUGUCCACCAUUACUGAAAGUUGUUUCAUGACUAAUUUUGGGCUUUGGGGUCAAGAACAGCUUAGAUCAUGUCAUUGGUUACAGCUUCGAGCUGCAAAUGGUCUUUCAAUUCCUUAUAUUGGUUAUUUGGAAUUAGACAUAGAGCUUUGUGGGCGAGUAGUUUCAGACUGUGGAGUGCUGGUUGUUAAGGAUCCUCCUGGUGGCAUGUGUGCACAAACACCUGGUGUAGUGGGUAUGAAUGUUUUAAGCCGCUGCUACCAGGAGUUAUUCGGCCAGCAUGGUACAGGCCUUUUUGAUUUACCGGCAGUAUCACAGGCCCCCAGUUUUAUCAUUCAGGCCUUACAAAAUUGUCACCAAGCUGAAGUUCAGCCAGUUACAAAUGCAGAGGGACAAGUCAGGGUGCGUGGACGUCGGGCGUGCCGCAUCCCAGGUGGCACUGUAAAAUUUGUUGCCACUACUUGUUCGGUGCAGUAUUCGGGUAAUGCCGUACUGUUUGAACCUCCAAUUUCAGGUCUCCCUGCAGGUUUGCUGGCCUCUCCUGCGCUCCUAAAGAUGGAUGGUGGUACUGUUUAUGUGCCUAUAGUUAACGUGGGCACUAUAGAUGUGCUGUUGUAUGCCAGAACUAUUGUGGGCGUUGUAAGUAAGGUUAAUGUGGUUACAUUACCCCCAGAGGUCGUAGAGGUAAACAUGGUUGCAGCUGAGGUAAGUGCACAGCCUUCUCCCUCUGUGCAGGAGCAAAUAGCUACCUUAGACCUGUCAAUACUGCCUGAAGUAGAACAAGGUAAGGUUAGGGCAUUGCUGUUUAAGUAUUUGCCAGUGUUUUCCAGUCACGAUGGUGAUUUGGGUUGUACAAACCUGAUAUCUCACGAUAUACCCUUGUUAGACGAUAUCCCUGUCCGGCAGCGGUUCAGGCGCAUCCCUCCGUCUGAGUAUGAGGUGGUAAAGGCACAUAUUAACCAACUGUUAGAGACCCAGGUCAUUAGAGAAAGUUGCAGUCCUUAUGCCUCGCCCAUUGUUCUGGUUAAGAAAAAGGACGGUGGUCUGCGCAUGUGCGUAGACUACCGUCGUUUGAAUGCGAAGACCAGAAAGGAUGCAUUCCCUCUACCACGUAUUGAGGAAACUUUGGACUCGCUGGCUGGGGCCUGUUGGUUUUCCACCAUGGACCUAGCCAGUGGGUAUAAUCAGGUGCCUGUAACUGAGAAGGAUAAGCCUAAGACUGCCUUCUGUACCCCUUUUGGUCUUUUUGAGUGGAAUAGGAUGGCGUUUGGGCUGUGUAAUGCCCCAAGCACCUUCCAACGAUUGAUGGAACGGUUGUUUGGGGAUCAACAGUGCCAAUCCCUCCUCCUGUAUUUGGAUGAUAUUGUUGUCUUUUCCUCUUCUAUAGAUGAACAUCUGGUGCGGAUGGAGGUUGUCCUAAGCCGUCUGCAGAGGGAAGGGUUAAAGGCCAAAUUAUCCAAGUGUGCUUUCUUUCAAAGGGAAGUGCAUUAUUUGGGUCACGUUAUUUCAUCUGAGGGUGUUUCCACCGAUCCACGUAAAGUGGAGGCCGUGGCCAACUGGCCUUGCCCGGCCAGUGUUACAGAAUUGCGCUCGUUUUUGGGAUUUGCUAGCUACUACCGCCGUUUUGUGGAGGGGUUUUCCAAGUUGGCUGCCCCUCUCCAUAGGCUGGUGGCUCUACUGGCAAACCCAAAACAUCGAAAGGGCAACGCCCAUGACUUUGCGGCUUCUUGGUCUGCAGAAUGUCAGAGUAGCUUUGAGGGGUUAAAAAUGAAGUUAACUAGUGCUCCAGUGUUGGCUUACGCUGAUUUUUCUCUGCCUUUUAUUUUAGAGAUUGAUGCCAGUCAGGGAGGCUUGGGGGCAGUCCUCUCACAGGAACAACAGGGCAAGGUGCGUCCAAUAGCGUAUGGCAGCCGCAGUCUUAGGCCCACUGAGCGUAAUCCAUCUAAUUAUAGCUCAAUGAAAUUGGAGUUUUUGGCACUCAAGUGGUCCAUGACUGAAAAGUUCAGGGAGUAUUUGUUAGGCCAAAAAUGUAUUGUUUUCACUGAUAAUAACCCCCUUAGCUACCUGAAUUCUGCCAAGUUAGGUGCAAUGGAGCAUCGUUGGGCUGCUCAAUUGUCCGUAUUUGACUUUGAAAUAAAGUAUAGAUCGGGUAGGAGCAAUCGUAACGCAGACGCUUUGUCCCGGCAGAACUUCUCAGGUACAGGAGAAGUACAAGACCGGUGUCCAGGAGUGGCUGUUCCAGUAGUGUUGCAGCAAACAGCCCCAGAUGGAUUGGUGACCCAGGUCAAUCAGGUAACAGCCUUCCCCUGCCCCUCUGGCAGUGACAUGGGUGCUCGACAGGUAGCAGACCCAGUCAUUGGUGAGGUGUUGGUGUUUUGGAGGCGCAAGUUGCUCCCCACUUCGGAGGAGCGUAAGAAACUCUCUCGCUUGGCAGUCAUCUUGCUUCGCCAAUGGGGCCGCCUGGUUGAAAUGGAAGGGGUGCUCUAUCGGCGUGUGUUGCGCCCGGAUGGCGGAGAGGAAGUUCUCCAAGUGUUACUACCAGCCCUCAUGAAAGCUGAGGUCCUGACCCAGCUGCAUCAGCAGCAUGGACAUCAGGGGGUUGAGCGUACUUCCCAGCUGGUUCGCCAGAGAUGUUACUGGCCGGGUAUGUUCGCUGACAUUGCACGCUGGUGCCAGGAGUGUGAGCGGUGCCAGUGUGCUAAAGGCACCCCCUCAGCUCCCAGUAGUUACAUGGGACAUCUUAUGGCUUCUCGGCCUAACGAGAUUUUAGCUCUCGAUUUCACCUUGUUGGAGCCCUCAAGGUCUGGCCUCGAAAAUGUGUUGGUCAUGACUGACAUAUUUACGAAGUACACCUUAGCUAUACCUACUAGAGACCAGCGAGCCGAGACUGUAGCCCAGGUCCUUGUGGCUGAGUGGUUUUGUAAAUUUGGUGUGCCAGGUCGCAUCCACUCUGACCAAGGUCGUAAUUUUGAGUCUACUCUUAUUCGGCAGCUUUGUGGGUUGUAUGGAGUCGUAAAGUCACAUACAACUCCAUACCACCCUGCUGGGAAUGGCCAAUGUGAGCGUUUUAAUAGAACGUUACACGAUCUUCUGCGUUCCCUUCCAUAUUCUAAAAAGAGUGAUUGGCCAUGCUGUCUCCCUCAGGUUCUCUUUGCGUACAACACUACUCCUCACCAGUCAACUGGGGAAUCUCCUUACUAUUUAAUGUUUGGACAAGAACCUAGACUUCCUAUUGAUUUCCUCUUAGGUAGAGUUAGAGAGCCGUUAGCCGGCAGUGUUCAUGGGUGGAUUGUAGAACAGCAAGAUCGGUUACAAGUCGCUUUUGAAGGUGCUCGUGAGAGAUUGGGUGCCGCCGCUGACCGGCGGAAGGCCCGGCAUGAUCUCCAGGUAAGGGAAGCACCACUGAAGGAGGGUCAACUGGUUUACCUUCGCGAUCAUGGGGUGCGAGGUAGAUGUAAAAUCCAGGACCUGUGGAGCUCAGUGGUCUACCAAAUCCUAAAAGCGCCUACUGAAAGUGGGGUAGUUUAUACCAUUGCCCCGGUUGCAGAUCUGAGUAAAACCAAACAUGUUCACAGAUCCUUGCUGAAGGCCCAGCUUGGUCAGGAUCGGCCUCCUAGUCUACCUGAACCUGCAAGGGGAGAGUGCAUGCAGCCUUUGGAUGAGGAGUGUGAUGGAGAUUUGCUGGUUCUAGUUCCCGAGACACCAGAGCUUAGAGGAAGGUCAAGGUCACAGGGUGCUGUUCCCCCUGUCCCUCGGGUUGUAGACGAGGUACUUGAGGGUCCAGCAACUGUGGGGACUUUGCAGCCGGAAGUUGUGCCCGCUGACCCUGUAAGAGCAGCAGAAACCGUGGUAAGGAGAACUGGGAGAAGUACAGCAGGUCAGCACUCUAACUUGCACCCCCUUCCACGAGCUGUAGGUAUAGGGACUGUGUCCAGUAUAGUGAGUAACUCGUUUGGUACAUUCUUCCGCCCUUGGAGUUAGACUCUUAGGUCAAUUGUAUGUUUGGUUCACCGUCGGGGCGACGUUGCAGAAAUUGGGGGUGGAAUGUGAUGUAGUGCAGCUGAUAUUGAUAUUGGAGUCAGUCCAAAUGUGAUGGUGCUGCGCAGCUGAUUGACAUUGACUUCAUUCGUGCUGCGCAGCUGAUUGACAUUGACAUCACUCAAUCGGCAUGUAGCACCGCCUUUUUAAAGCCUGAUUGGUUGUCCCUUGGGAUGCGUCACGUCCGACUCUGACGCACUUUGUUUGGGUGUCCGUCUUCGCAGCUACAGGUAGAGGCAUUGUGUUCGUUCUGAUAAUUUUUCAUUUGCUUGAAUGGGCCAACGUUAAGUUACUUUUGGCAUUGUUAUAGUGCAUUGUGGCUGUGGCAUUUUUCUGGGCUGGAGUGGCUGGACGACUGUUCAUUGUUGCAGGUAUGUGAUAGUUUUUAAUUGGCUGAGUAAUGGGAUUUGGCAGUAUUUAACCUGCGUUUUUCAUGCAGUAGAGAUACUAAGUCCUGCACCUCGCUGUAUUUGUAUACCUGACCAACAAGUGCUCAAAGCAUCCGCUUUGUGCACCCAUUGGUAAGUGAGGCACUUAUGAUUAGUGUUAUCAUUUUAAAGGACCAUAUUAAUGAGUUUUGUUUGUGCCUCUCUUUAGGAUUCUCCCUUGUUCUCUCUUGAUCCCUUUUCUCUCAAUGUCUAAAUCACUUUAUUAGCCCUUGUUCCUCGCUAUUGCCGUGGUUAUUGGAGGUCGUCUGGGCGUGUGCUACUGCUGUUAUUCCACGCUGCUAAUACUAACGCCGGUGUCAUUGGCUAUCGUACAGACGCCACCAACACAGCUGUUUAAAGGGGACUGCCCAUUUUGACCCGUGUGCUGCUUUGUGCUCCCCUUCAUUUAUUUGUUUGUUUAGGAUGUAUUGAUUUGCGUUAACAUUUUUGGUGCUCUGCUUUUUGUUUAGUGAAAUUGUUUUUCGUUUAGUUAUGCAGAGCAUUUAUUUGGUUUUUGUUAUUUAGAUUUCUUUUUUUAUUAUUAUUAUUAUUAUUAUUAUUAUUAUUUUGAGAGUCAAUUGUUUUGAUUCAGAGUGUGUGUGUGUAUAUGAGAUGUUGUAAUCACAGCUGUAGCUGUCUCAACCAGAUCAUAGAGUAGGUUUGUUAACCUGAUUGACUCCUUUAUUGAUGUUAGUUAUUUUCUGUUUAUUUACUUUAAUUUUGAUUUAUUUCAGGAAUUGAGGUUUCUCCUCGGUGGAUGACUGGUCCUUCCAACUGGUGGUGGUGCUUCUUUCCCGUGUGCUGUGAGACACUGAGUGCUUGAUAGUGUAAUUCGAGUGCACUGUGGUGUGCGUGUGCUGGGGUAAAGUCAGUCUGCUUGUAUCCAGUCAGUGGGAACCUCAAUCCUGUGUGUUUUUGAUUUUUGUUUAUUUAUUUUCCUUUUAUGAAGGGGGAGUUUUUGAUGUGCUUUUUAACAAAUGAGUACAACCUUACAUUUUCAUUAAAAUAAAUAUUUUUGUACUUUUUGUAAUUA